AUGUCUGCUGUCCAGCCUGAGCCAUCGCGGCUGCACCCGCGUCGCCGGCCCGUUUUAAAUACCACUCUGCCUACUAUGUCGACCGAUUCGCCUGAUUUCAAGAUGAGUUUGAAGAAAGGAGAGACUUUCUCCACCCCCACUUCUGCUCCAUCUAGUGAUCGUGACCCUGUCUUGAACUUCCGCUCCCUGCCUGUUCGCUCUCCGACUUCGUUGGAAGCGAUCGCCUCCAUCUUGGACUCCUUGACUCUCGACUCCACCGACGACAAGAGCCCGGCCGCUGGCGACGAUAGUAACUCCAAGUCCAUGCACUCCCCCAGCACUUCAAAUGAAGAAAGUCGUUCUCUGCCCAUCCCACUGGAUGAGACAAAGACUCGCCAAGAGCACAGCCAGGAUUCGGACAGUGGACUGGGAACGUCUGUCAGCAGCGAAGAGGGACUUGCUGAGUCGUCAACUAAAGUAAAUGACGGUAUUCAUGACAAUCAAUCUGCCAUCACCAGCUCUAUUUCGGCAUUUGAUACUGGCUCCUCGCCUAAACGUCAACUGAGCCACCGUGCUUGCAAGCAGAUUGAACGCUUUAUUCUUGCUCCUAUUCUCAAAGAACCCAAUUUGAAGCCAUUCCACCGACUAGUCCGCAGCGUUCCGCAGCGCAUUCUCAACAAGCAGAUUGUCUGCCUGCGCGACCUGGAAAAAACCCUAUUGUGGCUAGCACCUAACUCUGCCACUUCUCGGAAUUCUUACAUCAACUUUUGCGAAUUCACCAUCCAGUGCUUGCAUACAUCGGCUUCGCAUCUCAACGACCGUGACCAACGACUACCGGCCGAUCGACCUUAUACUAACGGGUACUUCCUUGACCUUGUUUCACAGGUUCGACGAUACGCAGCUAUGGUUCGCGCUCAGCGCGAGCGAGUCCAAGAGACCUCGGGCUCCAACUCCAACAAGGAGGAUAUGCCCACUUUAUCCGCCAAUCUUUCCCUCGAAGGUGGUUUGUCCAAGAAUGGAAAGGCCGCCGAACUUGUUGUCAUGCAAGACGGAAAGCCGAUAUCCCUAGCUACUGGGAAGCCUUUCGAGGCUGAUGCCCCUCCAUCCUUCAAGCGUACGAUCACCAUAGACGGUGCCACCGAUGAGGGUGUUGAGCGUUCUAUGGCCCGCCGCAAGAAAGACGCACCUCCUAUGAAUAUCAACCAGAAAUGCUCUGACUGUGACAAAGUCUUCAAGCGCCCUUGCGACUUGACCAAGCAUGAAAAGACUCACACUCGCCCCUGGAAGUGUGAGGAUCCCAAGUGCGGCUACCACACGAAAGGCUGGCCCACCGAGAAGGAACGUGACCGCCAUAUGAACGACAGACAUUCAGAUAAACCCACUCUUUUCCGAUGUACUUUCCACAACUGUCCUUAUGCCUCCAAACGGUCUAGCAACUGCAAGCAGCAUAUGGAGAAGUCGCACGGAUGGGUCUACGUUCGAUCCAAGAACAAUGGCCGCAGUGGCAGCAGUAGCAGCAAACGGGGCUCUUCCGUCCAAGCUACUCCCCAGACUCCGAGUGUGUCUACCCCUGCUUCCAAGGCCACCGACUUUGCAUCUCCAAUCCCUGGGCCCAGCCCCUCGCCCAGUGCUCAGCCUUAUGGCUGGCCAGACAACACUCCUUUCAACUUCGCCGACCCUCCUGCCCCUGCUCACGGCGACGAUUUCCCACUAUUUGGAGAAUCCUCGCCCUACCUGUUGAACGAUGUGAACUCAUUCCCUACUUCGUUAAAUCUCACUGCGUUCCAGAAUCAAUUGGAGGCAGGCGAUCCGAACGGUUUGAUUCCAGCUUUGGAAAUGCACCGCCAGUCCAUGAACUCCAUGUCUGUUCCUUCCACUGACUCUCUUCCGGACCUGAUGGGCCCUGUUUCAUUCGACGGAUCUCCCCUCACUGGUACCGAGAGCAUCAAUUUCGACCAAGAAUGGAGCAAUCUUGAGUACCCCAUGAACGAGGAAUACACAGCGAUGCCCCUGCAACUUCCUCAAGCUCAUUCCCUCGACGCGAUGAAGGGUUAUCCCAACGACUACGAGCAAAUGAACGUCAAUCACCUGUCCUACGGCCCCGCAGGAAAGACCUUGGGUCUUUCCCCCGGCGCACAGGGUAAUGCCAUGCUUUACUCGCCUGACUCUUCCAAUGUUGGCGACACUCUUUCCGAGCGUUACGAACACGCCAACUCCCAUGUUGGCAGCGACUUCGCUCAGGGUGGCAACGAUUUUACUCUAUAUAACCAAAAUACCCAGAUGAGCGCACACCCUAUGAUGCAAGUGCCUAGCGACCAGUCCCUUCGCUACCACGCGCUUCCUCAAAACAUGUUUCCUUCUCUUGAACAAGAGCGUGUUUUCCAGGGUAUGCCCUACACUGGUCCACCCCAGGGCCACUACCUGCCUUGCGACAUGGAGCUGGAAUUCAUGAAGUAA